AUGUUGCGACCGGCCACUCCUCUGACGGUCCUGCUCUCCGCAGCCUUCGUUCUUCUGUUGCUCUCAGUGCUCUCCACGCCCGUCAUCAAGCAGAUCCCACUGGCCUCCUUCGAUGGCGUGUCGUUUGGCGUGUUUGGAUUCUGCAAAGAUGGCGAACCGUGCAGCAAGAUAGAGAUUGGAUACAAUUUCGCAACUGUGUACGGCGACUCCAAAUCCUCCUCCUCUUUCGAUCUGGCGACCUCCACAAGGACGACUCUCUCCGCAAUCUUGAUUGUCCACCCUAUCGCCGCACUCUUCACCCUCAUCAUGCUCAUCCUCGCCGCCUCGGCCCAUUUCCACUCGCCCUCGCACUCCCCCCGUUAUCUCCUCGGCCUCUUCAUUCUGAGCAUCCUAACUUUGAUUCUGGCCCUCCUCUCAUUCUUGAUAGAUGUUCUGCUGUUUGUCCCUCACAUGGCCUGGGGAUCAUACCUCGUCUUAGCGGCCACAGUUCUCAUCGCAGCAAGCGGGAUUGUUUCAUGCGCAAUGCGCCGGACCUUGGUCAACCGAAAAGCUCGGAAGCGCCGCAUUGCAGAGAACGCAGAGAUGAACGGAGAAAACUUCUACAACCGUGAAGGCCGCCCCAAUCCACUCACGCCCAAUACAGGAGAUGCCACCCUGGUAAACGGCGGUCCUGGGGUGGACAAGCUCCCUACUUUUGCUACAUUCGAGACGGCCAAAAAGGACCCUGACCGAUCCAGCGACGAGCGGGUGCCUUUAACGACGAGAUCUCCGACCGAGGGCCCCUCGCCUACAAAUAUGCCUGGUGCUCCUGGAAUUGGGAUGAACGACAGGUAUGGUUCCCCAGUCAUGACUAGGACUCCGCCGCCCCGACCACCAAGAGACCAAUAUGGAAACGCAAUGCCUUUAGGAGCACAGGGAGGUCGGAGUCGAGAUCCUUCUUUAAAUCGCCAAUAUUCAGAUCCUGCUAUGCGCGGUAGAGGAAUGCCUCCAGCAGGCUAUAGAGGUAGAGGGGGCUAUCCUCCAAAUGGACGAGGUGGUUAUGGCUCGCAGCGAGGCGGUUAUGGGGCCCCGCGAGGUGCUUAUGGGCCGCCCCGGGGGGGUUAUGGAGGACCUCCAAGAGGUGGGAGAGGCGGACCCCCACCAGGAUACGGCCCGCCCCAGGAUGGACGUGGCUACGAUAGGGGGCCGUCACCCGGCAACUACAACAGGGGACCAGCCCCCACCCAAGGCGCAGGAUAUGGCGGAAAUGUCUACUCUGUUCCACCUCCAACCGGGGAUUAUGCUGCGUAUAACCCGGAAGAUAAUAGGGGUAGUCUUCCCCGUGCAGAAUCGCCUCCUCCGCUUCCAGGCUUUACUGAUGGACCUGUUGGACAAGCAGUAGAAAUGGAUGCCACAACAGGCAGUCCUUCUCACGCACCUCAAGGAUAUGGGCAAUUUGACCCAAUACGCGAGAGUGACGGGGAUGUUGCAGGAAUGGUUGGGCUUCAACGACAGAAGAUGCAGCGAGAGACAGUCGUAAGUGAGAGUAGCAGAUAUAGCACAGAGGAUUAUGUGCCACCGCGCCAGGCAUGGGGCGCCGGAGCAGCAGGCAGAUCUUCUCCCUUGAAUUCGACACCUCAAGCCGCUGAGACUCAGAAUUCAAAUGCCGUCGCCCAACGGCGGGAAAGUGCGGAUAACUACUAUGAAGACGUUGAACCCCGUUUCUCUGACCAGCCAGGACCAUCAUCGUUGGUUCCUGCGGCUCUGGCUCCAGGCUACCCCCCCAACGGCAACUCGCGAGGCAAUCUGCAGCCGAUCAGUAAUCCGGAUGCGAACUACUCAUAUGAGGACGUACAAUCAGGUUCCCGGAGCCCUGCAGAGUCCGACCGGUCAAACUUCACCUCCAUAUCCGAAAGGGGGAUUAAUCCAAGGUGGAACCCAGGAGCGGGCAACGCGCCCCCUAUGCCAAACCGCCGUCCUGUAAAUCCUCCCCAGCAACAACAAGAUCUUCUUCUGGCUUCGAAUCCCGACUUUAUGUUACCAGGUGGCCGUGGCGGACAAGGCGGUAGAGGGAGAGCGCCUGGCCAAUUCUAA